AUGACAUUUCAUGAGAGUGUUGAGAGUGAUUAGAGUCUAGACUUCUGGAUCGCUGCAAAAAUGUCUUUAACUAAAAUAUUUUCAUUGAAAUGUUUUGUAACACAAUAUCUGUUGGCGUUUAUUGGGCUUUAUUUGGCGGUUAACGUGAGCUGUUGUUUCGGAGGUCUGGUCUCAUGGGUGGGCCGUAUGUUUGUGGUGUCGGCACUGGCCUGGGGUCUCACCAAAAAGAUCCGCAAACGCCUUAAUAAAGAGUUUCUAACUUCAUAUAAAAGAGCCGUUUUAGUAACAGGCUGUGGAAGUGGUUUCGGUAAUGCCUUAGCCCUGAAACUCAAUGAACACGGAUUCCGAGUCUACGCCACGGUUUUGGACACAGAGAGUGAAGGCGCGAAGAAACUCAUAUCUGGACAACGAUUUGAAGGCAAAACCAAA